UGUUUUGUAGGAUUAUUUGAACGGCCACCUGCGAGUGCACGGAGCGGAGCUAGUCCUGGCCUGGACCUCUGUCCACAUGUACCAGUUUCCGAAAUCAAAGACGAAGAAAAUUUUUGUUUGUCAGAAAUUUGUAUAAAAUAUAAUUUACCCAUCAACUCCAAUCUCGUAGGCUGCUGAUAGCAUCAUGGGAGAGCGAAGCGGAGGUGCAGACAUGGACAAUCCUCCUUACUCUCGCCUGUUUGUGGCGUGCGGGAAGCAACAUACUGAGGAGGAGCUGCGCGACGUUUUCAGGGAAUUCGGUGACAUAGAAACGCUCUUCAUCGUCAAAGACAACCAAACAAAGGAGAGCAGAGGCAUAGCGUUUGUGAAAUACAAGCUAACGUCAGCUGCUGCCCUUGCUCAGGAGAAAGUUGGCAAAGCGAAAAUUGGAGAUGACCCCAAACCCAUCAGUGUCUGUAUUGCCGCCAGUAAAAACCAGCAGAAGUCUUAUGAUGUGAAUGAGCUUUCGUCCAGAAAUCGCCUUUAUGUAAUUUUGCCAGAUGGUGCAGGAGAAAAGGACCUUCAGGAGCAAUUUUCUCACUUUGAUGGCUAUGAGUCAUCUCACAUGGUCCGCAACCGGUCCGCUGGUUUCGUUACGUUCUCCCGGCCGUCACUGGCUGCGCUUGCCAUGGAGAACUGCGAGCAGUCGUACCAUGCGGUGAUUGCAGAACCCCGUGACGGCAGAGUGGGGCGUCAGCCUCUGGGACAGAGCGGCACUGGUCGCCUGCACGAUGCCGGCCGAGUAGGCGGCGUGAAGCCACCGUUGCCUGCGGGGGUAGGCGGCAUUUCUCGUGCGCCUCUGCUGGGCAAUGCUCAGCUGCCCUCGGCACCUCUAGUUCGAGGCUCUCUCCUAGGCGAGGGCGGUGGUAGCGCCAGUAUGGCCACGUGCGUGUAUGUCAAGUUCGAUCGGUCCGUCGCGCAGGAGCAGAUCAGUCGGCUGUGUGACACACCGCCGGGCAUGGUGGCGUGUCAACUAAUGCACCAGCACAGCGACGGACAGGAUCAGCGCUUUGCCACGGUGGCAGUGACGUAUCAGACACCGGACGCGGCCCACUAUGCCAAGGAGAAGCUGGGCCAGAUUGAAUACCCGCCCAGGUCGCCACUGCUCGUCAGCCUGGUGCCAGAGCGUGCUGCCGGCAUUGCUGCCGCUGGCUUUGGUGCUGACGUGCCCCGUCCAUUGCUGAGCAUGGAUGGAGUCAAUACCGUGCCGUAUGGCUUUGGCCAACACUCCGCCGGAUAUGUGCCACUGCUGCCGCAGCAGCAGCAGCAUCAGUAUCAUCAUCAGCAGCAGCAAGUGGGUGGCGCUGGUGGUGUUGAGCAGCACACCGGAGCAGGCGGUGGCACGCGCGCUUUCUUUGUCUGCACUCCCUCGCCGCCGGCCGUGUCGAGACUUCGCGUGGCCUUCUCCUGCUACGGCGGACUGGAGAAGCUGUGGCUCGUCGGAGACCACAAUUAUGGCUACGCCGAGUUUACGAAUCCCGCCAUCACCCAACUCGUCAUCAACCAGUUGAACGGCUCCGCCAUUGGCGGAUGCAAGCUGAAAGUCGUCAAGGCCAACCCCAGGCGAGCCUCGGAGGAGUCGCCUACAAAGAAGAGUCAAUAGUCAGCAGUGGCCAGUGUAUACUCUACUGGCUGCUGCACUUGACCACUAGCGGGUAGUGCAAGACAUCGCCCUAGUAUCCGUCCUUAUAUCCCAGAAUAGUCUGCUGUAUACUAUGGAAUUUAGGAAGAGAGCUCCAGAAAGCUCGCGUAUCACUUCGCCCGGCUGCAAGCAAUUAGCAGCGACGCGACGGCGCACCAUGUAUUUUCACGCAAUGCAUGCCUUUCAUUUCUUUUUCUGCCUUUUGUGCGUGUGUGUGUGUGUGGGUGGGUGUGUGUGUGUGUGUGUGUGUGCAAGUCUUGUCUCUGUUGUGUUUUCGUCAGGCUACUAUGCUGCUGGCAAGCAGCAGUGUACAGCAGCUGGCUGUCGGUAGUGUGCCUCUUGCCGUCCUAACCAGUCCGAUAUUGCUGUCUGUUUUCGUCCCGCUAUACCACGUGGGCGCACAGUACACCCUUUACCCUAUCCCCAGCGUGCACGCGCGCUAUGCCUAGCCAGUUCCCAUGGACACCUGCCCCUGAAGGUUGAUGGCGUGCACGUGUACUGGCCGUCGGCUGCUCCCGUGCUGCAGGCCAUCUCGAGACAAUAGUCUUCACCGUUUGUAUCCCGGUGCUUACCUGUGGCUUGUGUUGUGUUUGUCUUGUUCUAUUUAUUCCUUAUUUUUCCCAGCCGAGAGAGUAUUUGUUGUCAAUAUGAUUAUUCUAUUGUGUCAAUACUCUUUAUUCAAGAAGAUAAUUUUGUGAAAGCUUCCUAUUCAGUUUCUUUGCUAUCCGUUCUUUCAGAUCACUGUCCUUAUCUGGUUUUACAUGUAUGUGCACUAACUUUGUGUUUCCGUGGA